AUUCAUAAUUUAUUACAACAAAAUCAUUCAUCUUUAUAAAUACACAUAUAUUUCUUUUGAUAAAUAGGUGAUUUAUAAUGGCUGUUCAAACAGUUGUGAUAGAGGUCCCCUCUUCACUUCCCGCUACUAUACUUUUCAAGCUUUUUAAAGACUUCGAUAACAUUGCCCCUAAGGCUGAACCACAAAGUUACAAAUCUAUAACAAACAUCGAAGGUGUUAGUCACGUAACAUAUAGUGAUGAGUCCAAUUUCAAUAGUUCUAAGUUCAGGUGUGAUGCCAUGGACACAGACAAGCUUACCCUUAGCUACACGGUCAUUGAGGGUGACGUCUUCAUGGGCAAAAUCGACAAUAUCGCCAUUCACUUUGAGUUCAUUCCUUCUGCUAAUGGAGGCUCUGUAUACAAGCAGACAUUGGUGUUUCAAUGCACAGGUGAUUCUACGCUAUCUGAAGAAGAAUUAAACGGAGCCAAAGAGUUUGACUUAAACACGUUAAAAGCAUUUGAGGCGUAUGCCAUUGCCCAUCCUGAAGUUUGCUAAAUACUUAUUGAAUCAAAAGCUUUUGUUUCAAUUAGCUAGAAUCGUGUGUGCUGAAUAUUGGAAACGGUUCUACUAUAUAUAAGUGUGUUUUCAACAUUUUUACCAAAAUAAUGGACAUGUGUGUCCUCUUAAUUAAGUUCUCAUUUUAACCUUUUUAAA